AUGUCAUUCCGAGGCGGUCGCGGUGCGCCCCGCGGAUUCGGGCGGUCGUGGGUGGAGGCCGUGGAGGUUUCCAGCAACGCGACAUGGGUCCCCCGGCGCAAAUGGGCAAGUUCCUGCACGCCUGCGAGGGUGAGAUGGUCUGCGAGAGCAUCAACCCCAAGGUACCCCAGUUCAACGCCCAGAUGUUCCUCGAGAACAAGACCUCCAUUGGCAAGAUCGACGAAGUCCUCGGCCCCAUCAACCAAGUCUACUUCACCAUCAAGCCCUCCGCGGCGGCGGACGUGGCGGCUUCGGCGGUCGUGGCGGCGGCGGCGGUUUCGGCGGACGCGGCGGUGCGCCGAGGGGUGGACGCGGCGGCUUCAGCGGCGGUCGUGGCGGCAGCGGCUUUGGUGGUCGCGGCGGCGGCGGCGGCUUUGGCGGUCCCGCCGGCGCGCCGAGGGGCGGCGGCAGGGGACGCGGCGGCUUCAGCAGGGGAGGAGGAUACUAAGGCUUUGA